CAGUGUUAGUGUCUGGAGUUUGACCACUGUCAAAGGAAAGGACAUGUCUAUUUCUCAGGAUCCAAACGGAGGACUGACUUGAAACAGCAAGUCCCACGGCCCAAUCACCAGAGAUACUUCACUAAUUCUUGAAAUAAACCGAAAGCCAUGGAUCCUUCAUCUACAGGCAACCUCCCCACACCGAAGCUCAACCCUUCAUCUCAACCCAUGAGGCCUGGAACUUCCUCGCUCGGCUCGUCGGCGAGCUCCUCCACCCCUGAGCCGAAGAGGCAUAAAGUCACGCUGCCGACGCCUCCGACCACUCCAUCACCUCCUCCCUCCGCCACCUCGCCUCAGAUAUCUCCACGGCUUUAUUCUCGCUCUUCCUCCCUCUCCACACUGACAACUCCAUUUCCCUACCAGCCCUCCAGAAGCUUUUCACAGCCGGGCAGAUCGCAGCUCAACGCAGCAGCAUCAACAGGAAGUCUUUUUAAUGGUUCAUCGGCUGCCGCGGUGCCUUCAUCGCCUGUCUCACCUGAACCAGAUGAGUCAGAGGAGGAUGUCCGUUUGGAGGAUUUGGAAGAGAGAGCAAAAUCAGGUGAUGCUAAAGCACAAACAAAGAUGGGCCGUCACUUUCUGGCCUUGGCAAAAGAAAGCGAUGAAGAGCUGAAUAACUGCAGAGCGGUCACAUGGCUGAUCCAAGCUGCUAAACAGGGCCGCAGAGAUGCUGUCAAACUGCUGCAGCAGUGCUUAAAAUCCAGGAAAGGAAUCACUUCGGAGAACUCUGAGGAGGUUAAGAAGUUAUGCACCGAGACACGUUUUGAGAGAGGAGUCAGGAAAGCAGCUCUGCUCAUGUAUUUUAAGCUGAACCCAGAGAAGAAGAAAUCUGUGGAGGUUUCUGAUUUGCUGGAGAACGUGGAGCACGUUCACGCAGAACCAGGCCCACUCAACAGCUCUGCUAAGAAACAAAGGCGAGUCCUGGAGACGAUGGUUUCCAGAGAAGCCAGUUCUCAUGUGGAUCUGGAUGACUUUGUUGAGAUGACAAAGAAAUAUGCGCAGGGUAUUGCACCGUCACCCUUCAUGGCCUCUGCAGCAGAUGAUGAUGAUGACGAUGAUGAUGUGGUAGUGAAAAAUCCAGAUGAACUGCCGCUCCAUCAGAAGUUGCUGAAGUUCCCUCUGUACGCUCUGCUGGAGAUAAAAGAGCAUCUCAUAGACUGGGCGUCGCGGGCCGGCAUGCAGUGGCUCAGCGCCCUCAUCCCCACUCACCACGUUAACGCACUCAUCUUUUUCUUCAUCAUCUCCAACCUCACCAUUGAGUUCUUCAUCUUCCUCAUCCCGCUUCUGAUUUUCUACCUCUCCUUCUUCUCCAUGAUCAUCUGCACACUGCGGGUAUUUCAGAAUUCAAAGGCAUGGGAAAAUUUCCGAGCUCUCACAGACCUGCUCGCUCAUUUUGAGCCUGGUCUGGAUCUGGACCAGGCCGAGACCAACUUUGGAUGGACACACUUGGAACCUUACCUGUACUUCCUGCUCUCAGUGGUCUUCGUUGUGUUCUCCUUUCCUGUUGCCGAUAAAUCCUGGGUCCCCAGCUCAGAGCUAGCUGCCAUCGCUCUCUUCUUCACCAUCACGGCCUUCCUCAGCCUCCACGCCUCUGCUCAGCUCUUUGCUCGUAAAGCCCUUCUCUCUGAGGUCCUUUCAGGAGCAUGCUCCCUCACUCAGCUGCUACCCGACUCCUUCUGGUUCUUCCGGAUCUUUGGGAAGACGUUUGUCACAGUGCCUCUCGGAGACGCCGUGGUGUUAAAUCUUGGCAUACCAUGGCUUUUGUAUGGACACCUCUUCUAUCUUCUCUUCUGCAUGGCCCAGCUGAAAGGCUUCAAGGGAACCUACCUGUGCCUAGUGCCCUAUUUGGUUUGCUUCACCUGGUGUGAGCUUUGCUUGGCAUUCCUCCAUAACGCCUCAGCCAUAGGACUGAUCCGGACUUGUAUAGGCUACUUCCUGUUCCUGUUUGCCCUUCCUGUUCUCACACUGGGUUUGGCUGCCAUGAUUAUGAUCCAGUUAGUGCAGUGGUUUCUGACCCUGGAGGUAACAAAGAUGGUGGUGACACUGAUUGUCUGCUUUGUGCCCGUGGUGUUGAGGCUCUGGACUCGCUUCAGCCUCAACCCCAUUGUGGUUUUGAGGUCUUUGUCACGGAGCAGCGUAGUCAAGCUCAUCCUGGUGUGGCUGAGUGCGGUGGUGCUUUUCUGCUGGAUGUAUGUCUACAGGUCUGAAGGAAUGAAGGUGUACAACUCUACCCUGACAUGGCCUGAAUACAGCAACCUCUGUGGGCCAUUGGCCUGGAAGGAAUCCAACAUGGCCCAAACUCAGAUUCUCUGCUCCCACCUGGAAGGACACAGAGUCACCUGGACGGGACGCUUUAAAUAUGUCCGCGUGACGGAUAUCGAGAAUGGGCCGCAGUCGACUAUCAACUUGUUUCCUGUUUUUCUAGGAAACUGGAUGCGCUGUCUGUAUGGAGAACCCUAUCCGAUGUGUGAUGAGGGGAAACAAAACGCAGCUGCUGAGCCCCAGCCGCUGCCGGCUCCAGCUCCUCCUCAAGAAGAUCCGCUUUGCAAACUGAAAACCCUGGCCAAGCAUGAGUGCCACAUCAAGCGCUUUGACCGAUACAAGUUUGAGGUUACCCUGGGAAUGCCGCUCGAGAGGAAGACUAAGGAUGGGACAAUCAUAGAGGACGAAGAUGCAACCAAGGACAUAGUCUUGCGGGCGAGUAAUGAGUUCAAGUCUGUCCUUUUACACCUGAACGCCGGCAGUCUGGUGGAGUUCAGCACCAUCCUGGAGGGGCGUUUGGGCUCCAAAUGGCCGGUGUUUGAGAUGAAGGCCAUCCACUGUUUGUCCUGUGGGGACACCCGCGUUCCCAAACGCAAACAGUUCAAGAUUGAGCACGACUGGAGGCGCACAGCUCAAAACGCCCUCCAGUUUGGGUUCGACUUCUUCUUCAACCCCUUCCUGACCGCUCGGCUAGAGGAGCAGUCAGACACUGAAACAGAGAUGGUGGCACAGGAAGACACAUAGAGUGAAGACAACUCUUAAAUAGAAGAGGCCUCAUAAUAAUAAAGUUAUCGAAGAACACUAAUGAUUGUACGACACCGAUCUAUCUGCAAUAUUGGUUAUUGAGUACAAGGAACAAACAGAUCCUCAAGCAUUUACUGUCUUAUAAAAGCCCUCGCACUCCUUGAACAUCGUCACAUUGGUUACAUUACAGCCUCACCCGUACCUCACUGGGGACCAGCAGCUGAAGAUCUGUCUGAUUUUUGUGUUAGCUUAUUUUUGGUUAACACAAAAUAAGCUGUGAUCUAAGGCAUGCUGUGCUAAGUCUUGCUAUACAUUUUGUGGUCAUUGAAAGGUGAACAUCUCCCACAUCCUCAAGUCUUUCAAAGAACAAAAGAGUUGAAUUUCUCUGUAUUUAGUUCAAUUCAUCCUCCUACUGACUACUGACCCUGCUGCCUCCAUGUUUAACCAUAUGGAGCAGUGACAGCCUUUUAUCACACAUUUUUGCAUGGAGACCAGAGAGUUCCAUUUUGGUCUCAUAUGACUGGAGCACCUUCUUCCACAUGAUUGCUGUAUCCUAUACAUUUUUACAAAACCUUAAACACAUUUUUUAGGGUUUACUUUCACCCUCAAAUAGUUAAGAGUUUUCCACCUGAGCUGUGCAUCACUGCCGCUCCUAGGGAGUCACCAUAAACCUUUUUGUUGCUUCUCUAGGCCUGUCAUGAUGACAUUUUGCUGGAUAAUAAAAAAAAACUGCUAUAAACAAAAGUGUUGUUUUGAGACCAUUUUCAAGUAAUAUAUUGAUAAUGGCAUAAUAAUGCAAGUUCUCUCUUUCAAAGACUAAUAAACUUUGCUUUUGUACAGAAAGCGCCACACUGAAACCAAAAUAAAACAACCAAAAACAAUAAAUAAAGCAGAAAUAUAAACCUUGCAUAACCCAAGCCAUAAACAAAAUAGAUUAUUAAGCUCAUUUUAAUUUAAGUGCCUAUUGUGACAGUUUUAUUGCUCUCCCUAUCCAGCCUGUCAUCUUAGAUGGACAGCCUUGUCUUGGUAGAGCUGCAGUUGUGCCAUAAUCUUUAGAUAUUGGUUUUAUAAUACUAAAAUAUCCCAAAAUGUUAUCCUUAACCUGUCUGCUGCACUUCUUGGUCUUCAUGAUUGUUGUUGCGCAACACCCCCCCCCCUCCUUUCUGUCUCUACUGUCUCACUCUCU